CUCUGCUCCCAAUUUUUGACCAUACUCAUCAAUUGGACAUUGACGAUAUUCAAAGAUGUCGGGAACCAAGAUCUGGCUCAGAGCAGAAACCAAACCCGCCGAGGCGCGGUCAGCCCUUACUCCCACCACAACCAAAGCUCUUUUGGACGCGGGUUAUGAUGUUACAGUUGAGAGAUCAAGUCAAAGUAUUUUCAAUGACGAUGAAUACGCUGCUGUCGGUGCCCGUAUCGUCGAUGAAGGCUCGUGGGUGAAGGAUGCCCCCAAAGACGCAUAUAUCCUUGGACUCAAAGAGCUUCCUGAAGAUGAAUUCCCACUGGAACACGUUCACAUUUCCUUCGCCCAUUGCUACAAGAAGCAGGCUGGCUGGGAGAAAGUCUUGAGUCGGUGGCCCCGUGGGGGUGGCGUGUUGUUGGACCUAGAGUUUUUGACCGAUGAAGUGGGCAGACGAGUCGCUGCUUUUGGAUACUCUGCGGGAUAUGCCGGCUCUGCAUUGGCAAUCAAAACUUGGGCGUGGCAGCUUGCACAGGGCAAAGGCCAACCGUUGCCCAGCGAGAAACCAUACCCUAACGAGGCCGCCCUCAUUGAAUCUGUGAAGAAGGUUCUUGAGGCUGGAAAGCAGAAGGCUGGACGCUCACCCAAGGUGCUCGUCAUUGGAGCUCUUGGACGAUGUGGCCGAGGUGCUGUGCAAUUUGCCAAAGACGCUGGUAUUCCCGACAGCGAUAUUCUAAAAUGGGAUCUUGAGGAGACUAAGAAGGGUGGUCCGUUCAAAGAGAUUGUCGAAGAUGUAGACAUCUUCAUCAACUGCAUCUACUUGUCGGCCGAGAUUCCACCUUUCAUCAACCAAGAAUCUCUCUCCUCACCCAAGCGUACCCUUGCCGUGGUAUGCGAUGUCAGCGCUGACACAACAAACCCGAAUAACCCAGUCCCUAUCUACGAUAUCACCACAACAUUCGACAAACCUACCGUGCCAGUGAACGUUCCUGUCGGAAACGCAGAGCUGCCCCUGGAUGUCAUCAGCAUCGACCACCUCCCGUCGCUGCUCCCCCGCGAAAGCUCUGAGAUGUUCAGCCAGGCAUUGCUGCCCAGUCUGUUGCAGCUGAAGGACAGGACGAAUGCGCGCGUGUGGAAGCAGGCGGAGGAUCUUUUCCAAGAGCACGUUGCCACUCUUCCGGAAACCAGCCCAGUCGAAAACUGGCCAAUCAGACUCAUAAACCUCGCCGCAUACGCGGCCGGCGCCUCGUUGGCUGCCAUUACCUUAUUCUAUGUAUUCGGCCCGAAUUUCACGAUCGACGGCGACGACUCCAGCAGCAGCGACCGCAAGAAGGCGAUUGUCGGUCUGACCAAUCCUGCGAAUGACUGCUUCAUCAACUCUGUUCUGCAGGCUCUCGCAGGGCUGGGCGAAUUGCGCGUGUAUCUAAUCCGCGAACUGCAUCGGCGAGAGCUGGAUGGUCCCGAGGUUUAUAACCAACUGCCUGGUCCGAAUGAGACGCCGAGUUGGAAGGGAAAUCUUCGGCCCGAUAGACAGCGGGAGUUGCAGCAGGGGACGGUAACACUGGCGCUGAAGGAGAUGCUGGACCGGCUCAAUGAGCGGCCGAUCUAUAAGAAAACUAUCUCUGCUCGGCCGUUCAUCGAGGCGCUGGAAUAUGCUUAUCGCACGCGCAUCAGCCGCAAUCAGCAGGAUGCACAGGAGUUCUUGCAGAUAGUUGCAGAGCGGCUGUGUGACGAAUACCAUGCCGGAGUCAAAGCGCGAAAGCGGGCGCAAUGCUUAACUCGGAGCCCAGGACCUUCGUCUUCGCAGUCAACGUCAGAUGGAGAUAAAAGCCAGGAAGGCGAUCCCGAACCUCUGGAGAUUUCAGUGAAGAUUGAGGAUGGCUCGGAAGAAGGUCUUCCAGCGAUUAUCGACACAAAACUCAAAGAAAUCGACGAUGAGUAUGCGUUUCCAUUCGAAGGGCAACUCGAGUCGCAGAUCGAAUGCCAAUUUUGCCACUAUCAGUAUCGUCCCAACAAGACGUCGUUUGUCAAUCUGACACUGCAAGUGCCGCAAAAGAGCUCUACCACGUUGAACUCGUGUUUUGAUGGGCUUCUCAAAACGGAGUAUAUUGACGAGUUCCGGUGCGAUAAGUGCCGGCUGCAGAAUGCAUUAGAAGCAAAAAUCAUCGCCAAAUCCAAGGCCAAAUCCGAGACUGAUGUAGCACGUCUAGAUGCCCAGAUAUCUCGGAUCCAGUAUGCUCUAGAGACAGAUCCAGAGCAGAAUCUGGAGGAUGUCGACCUCCCAGCUGCCGAGUCCGUCCCUAAACGUCGAAUUGCGCGCCAUAUGCGGAUCACGGUGUUUCCGAAAAUUGUUGCUAUACACUUAUCCCGGUCCAUCUUUGACCAGAGCAGCUCGACGAAGAACGCAGCGAAGGUUUCAUUUCCUGAACGUCUGCCGUUAGGUGGGAUUCUCAAUCGCAAGUGGUUCAAACUGCUUGGGAUCGUUUGUCACAAGGGCAGCCACAACAGUGGCCAUUACGAGUCGUUUCGCAGGAGUCAUACCUAUCCCCCAUUUUCAACACCGGAUACCUUUCGAUCCUACGCGGCCAGCCGGGCCGGCAGCGCAAACACGUCGGCUGUUGGUAGCCCCCGGAUUUCUGCCAUCAGAAGGGCACAGUUCCCAGAAGGAGCGGAGCCAAGUCCCCUCAGUAUCUCCCCAGCAGACUCAUCGCUGUCACUCUCAAGUACGAAUCACUCAUCCUCCUCCCCGACAAUGUCCGCAUCCACCUCCACCACGCGAUCCCCUGCUCAAGCCACCCCUCAACUCUCCCCGCAAGACUCAGCAUCGAAUCCACGCUUCUCUCUACAAGGCACACGACCACGCAAAUCAUCCAGCGUACGAUCCUCUGCCCGCUCCGUCACAGGGACGCAAACAACAACAACCACCCCGAACGACGAUUCCAAAGACCCGUCUCCCCGCAAAUCCACAUCCUCCAGGCUCCUGCGCAAGCGCAAGCCUAAUGAGCGCUGGUGGCGGAUCUCCGACGAGAAGGUCAAGGAAUGCAAGACGAGCGAUGUCUUGGGCAUGCAGAAGGAGGUGUAUCUGCUUUUCUACGAGAUGGAGCGACAGGCGCCGACGUCAGCAUCGGAGUGA